AACUAAGUAACUAAGUAAGUUAUUUGAAUCAUUUUUACAACCCAUUGUGUUAGUUCUUUUCAAAUAAAUCCCUAACCUGACAGCUUAGUUUUUGUUUUGUUUGUAAUAAUUAAAACAAAAUUGUAAAGAACGUUACACUUAUAUAAUGCAGUAUUUUCAUAGUACAUUCCACAACCGUACCAUUUUUUAAUUUUUAAAAUGUAUCAAGAAGAUAAUAAAUACGUAAUCGAUGGACCUGCACCCCUGGAACCAUUGCGAAAUCUUUCUUUGGGGAAAUUAAUUUAUGACAGUUUGUCGGCUAAUUCUAAUAACCAUGAGGCAAUGGUCGACGCUGAAUCUGGACGAUCGAUUUCAUAUCAAGAAAUACUAACAAAAACGUCUGAUUUAGCCAGAAGUUUAGUGAAAAAUGGAUAUGGAUACAACACCAUUAUUACAGUCAGUAGUGAAAAUAGUCUACAAUUCUAUAUUCCAGUUAUCUCUAGCUUAUAUAUAGGUGCUAUCGUAGCUCCCAUUAACCCCAACUAUACAGAAGAAGAAAUGAUUCAUUGCUUAAAUAUUAGUAAACCUAAAAUCAUAUUUUGUUCAAAAACAGUUAGUGCAAAGUAUAUUCACUUGAAAAAGAAUAAACUUUCAUACAUUGAGAAAAUCAUAACCAUUGACGAUGUUGAUGAUCUACAUCUACAAGACUCCGAAACAAUGGAGGGAUUUAUCAGCCGAAGUUUACUUGGCAAUUUUAAAUCGAAAAACUUCUUAGUAACUGAAUUUGAUGCAGACAAGCAAGUUGCAUUCAUUUUGUGUUCUUCCGGAACUACAGGUCUACCAAAAGGUGUAAUGGUAUCUCACAGCAAUGUAAUGGUGCGUUAUUUACACACAUUAGAUUCUCGCUAUGGCCUCCGAGCAGAAAAAUUCUUAGGCUUCCUUCCAUUCUUUCACGGAUUUGGUCUCAUCACCAACUUCGUUGCUUUAAUCUUGAAACAGAAAAUAAUCGUAAUUGGAAAAUUCCAAGAAGAACUGUUUCUGAAGACGAUUCAAGACCAUCAAAUUGAAUCGUUGUGGGUUGUUCCUCCUAUUGUGGUAUUUUUAGCAAAAAGUCCUCUAGUGGAAAAUUAUGACUUGUCAAGUAUUAAAGAUAUUGUUUGCGGUGCUGCACCACUCAGUAAAGAUAUUGAAGAAAGUCUAAAGCAGAGGCUAAAUAUAGAUUCUGUUAGACAAAGCUAUGGCUUAACAGAAGCCACAAUUGCUGUGAUUACUGUACCAAAAGGAGUUCCAAAUCAUGGUUCUUGUGGCCAAGUGCACACCUACAUGACUUGUAAAGUUAGAGACGUUGAAAGCGGGAAAUCGUUGGGUCCUAAUCAAAUUGGUGAAUUAUGUUUUAAAGGUGCUAUGGUCAUGAUGGGCUAUUACGGAAACGAAGAAGCUACCAAACGGUCGUUUACUUCAGAUGGUUGGCUUCUUUCAGGAGAUUUAGGAUAUUAUGACGAAUUAAAGAAUUUUUAUAUAGUUGGGAGAAUUAAGGAGUUGAUUAAAUAUAAAGGUUUUCAGGUUGCACCAGCUGAACUAGAAGCUAUUUUACUUAAACAUCCAAAAAUAAGAGACGUUGGUGUUGUUGGAAUACGAGAUGAAAAAAGCGGGGAGUUGCCGUUGGCUUUUGUUGUACAAGAACCCAAUUCGUACCUAACCGAGGAGGAAAUAACACAUUUUUUGUCUAAGAAAGUAUCUUCACAAAAGCGCUUACGAGGAGGAGUUGUUUUUGUCAAAAAUAUUCCUAAAAAUCCCACUGGAAAAAUUCUUCGUCAAGAGCUUAAGAAAAUGGUAAUAAAACUUAAGUCAAAACUCUAGUAGAUAGAUGUGUAUUUUGUUAUUUAGAGAUUUUUUAUUUUUGUCAAUUGUAAUUAGAUGAAUUUUAGAAGAAGAGACUGAUUCCUACAAAUUUGUCUAUAAAAUGUAUAUCUAUAAAUUCAAAGAACAAUAA